GUGCCUUGCUCUUCUUCUCCUCCCGACCCCUGCAACCCGAGAAGCCCCCAGCUACCGCCACCCCUUUUUCCGACCGGGAACACCGGUAGAACUUGGGAUUUUCUCCUCCUUUUCUUGUUCUUGAACCCAGGAAUCCCCCCCCCCUCUGCUGGAAAUUCCAGAUCUGCUCUGCUCUUCUCCUUGUUCGCCGGCUGCUAUGUGGGUUUGGAUUUCUGGGCACUUUUCAGGUAAGCCACAGCCAUAAACCUCAUCUUUUAGGUUGAUUUAGGCUGGGUUUACCUUAAUUGCUUUUAUUUCCCUCAAUUUUGAGGUAGCCCGUGAGCCCUCCCUGCAGCUUGCCGCCGGCUUCUUCUCCCCCUGCUAGCUCCGGUUCUUUCUGGAAAAUUCUGGUUUUGAUCGUUCUGUCACCGUAGCACUUGGGUUAGCCUUCUUUCUGUGCGAGUAAGCCUCUGAAUGUGAUUAAACUAAAAUGGAAAUUGUGAUGGUUUUUAUGAGAAUUUCAUUGUUUUUCUGGAAUUGAGCAUGAUUGGAAUGAAAAUGGGAAUUUCAUUGUUUUCUGGAAUUGAGCACGAUUGGAAUGAAAUUGUUUUCAUUGCAUUGAGUAGAGCAUGCCUAUUUGGAAAUUGACUGAACUGUUUUGAUAAAUUGAGAGUUUGCAAAUUCCGAGUUUUCUGUUAAAUCCAUGCUCACAUGGAAAUUUUUCGGUUAUUUCUGAAAUUGGAGAUUGAUUGUGAAUUUCGGGUUUUUCUGUAAAUUCUGCAUGGUUUUGUCUCGGAUAUAGUCAUGAUUACUAACGCCCACUAGUGGGAGCUGUAAACGCUAGGACAUGUCGACAUGUAUUUCUGUAGAACCGGUUCACCUUGCCAAUGGGGUUAAACAUUGGUAAUAUUACUAAUGCUUACCAGUGGGAGUUUGUGAAACACUGGUACCAUUACUGACGCCUGCCAGUGGGAGUUUGUAAACACUGGUACUUCUGGAACCUUGCCAAUGGGGUUAAACAUUGGUAAUUACUGACGCCUGCCAGUGGGAGUUUGUAAACACUGGUACUAUUAUUGACACCUGCCAGUGGGAGUUUGUGAAACACUGAUGAGACUACUGAACUGAGUUUUAUUCUGCAUGAACGGUUUGUCAUGAAACACUUUGUUAUUGAAUCGAACUAGAUUUUGCAUUAACGGUUUUGUCACUGAACGUUUUGCUAUUGAACUGAAUCUGAUUUUGUUUUAACGAGUUAUCAUUGAAAGCUUUGUUAUGCUUACAUGGUUUAUCUGGCAUGCUUAAACUUUUACCAAGGGCUAUCUAUAUUUACUUACUGAGAUAUUUUAUCUCAUAGUUUUCCUUGUCCACCAUUUCAGGAAGCGAAACUAAGGACGGGGAAAUCAAGGGGAGUGACGAGUUAGAAGGCUAGCCAUUUCGAGAUUGAUAUAGAUUUAGAAAUAAAUCAUGCUCUUGUAAGCUAGAGUGUAUGUGGAGAUUUUAU